AUGUUGAGUGUGUUGACCCAGACGAACCUCUGCCAGGGUGGAGGUGGUCAAUGUGAUUGUGAGCACUUUAGGCCUAAGGCAGAUGACCCUGCUCAUUGCUGGGAAUGUUCACAUGGGUUCACCAUCAAUGCCCCAGCUGUCACCCAAUUGCAGCCCACUGUAUGUGGCUCAUCAAAUGUGGCAAAAAUAUUUGAAGGACUUACUUCAAGACAUCUCACUGGCACUUCUCAACUGAAUCCCCACCAGGAGGCGCUGGCAACUAAAUCUUCAAAGCUGAAGCUGCUUUCAACAUUACAGAUGACUGCUUCUAACAAAUGCAAGCCUUCUCAACAGCAAACCAGUGGUCAGACAUUCCAUACUCUUACUUCACAAAUUGAAAUACAGGCAAAUGGCCAGUUAAUGAAGGACCCAAUCUUGCUGCAGACAACUGUGGAGAAGAGACUGUUCAUCCAAAACUUGGAAAACCAUGGAUGCUAUCUCCAACAAAUGAUUGAAGUUAACUCUUCUUGGUCACAUGAAGAUGUUACAGCCCAGCUGCAUUUGUGGUUCCCAAAUGUUUUUCAAUAUUUUGACUCUCAUCAUGAGAAAGCCAAUAUGACAUCCCAAACCCAACCUGACUGGCAGCUUCAAACUCUCUAUGGCUGUUUGACUGAAUGUAACCUGUGGUUUGUCACUCGAAAUCCUGUCCCCAAUCUUAUUUUUGACAAGUGGAAGGUUGGAUCGGACAUAGUGGGAACUGAUGAAGAGGCUAUGAGUGAGAGUGACAAUGAGGUGGUUGAGCUAUCGAGUUCCAUUGCCAACCUUGAAAUCACUACAGUGACUGGGACCAGCAAGAGGUCAUGUUCUAUUAACAUCUUAUCCUCCCCUGAGGCUAUGGACUCCAAUAGGCAGUCCUUCCGCAAGAAAUGCAAAGGCUUAAAUGCCAACACCCAACCUGCUUGGCCUCAUCAGCCUGGGGGGCCCAUUUCUGGCCCUGUUGAAGUGAAAGAUUUCUUAUCUGACAGCGAUGACAAUGCCCCAUCUCCACCAAAUCCAUGGUUCAUGCAAUUUGAACAGACAACAAUGGUGAAGGAUGGAGAUAUUUCCAACAUUGAUUUGUGA